GUCAAGGGCAUAGCCAGUGGCAUUGGCUUGGCAUCUGAGGGCAUCACCUCUUACAAAGAACGUCGCAAGGCCUCAACAUCGUCACCAAGCUCUGAAAACGACACAGCCUCAAUUCGAUCCUUUCCAACCUCAACAGACACCACAGUUAAUGGCGCUUAUGAACUCUCUGCUGAUGCCAAGGCUCGACCAGAGGAGGAUGCCCAGUGGGAACUUGACGAGGCACAGGAUGAGCUGCUGCCACAAUAUGAGCCUCCCCAAGAGACAAGCACUACCUCUGAUCUCGGCCAAGAUUUCUUCAGCAGAUAUCCUGCGCCUCCAUACACGGAAACCACAAGCAAACUAUCUCAGCCAGUCAUCCUUCCCCAGCGCAGACCAAAGACACGCAGACGAGGUUUCAUCAGAGCAUAUGCCCCAGCCUUGAACGACACUGGCAUAACCCAGGACAUGUUUCUUGAAUUCCUCGAGACGUUUCACAAAUCUACACAAGCAUCACCAUGGAUCGAUGCCAUCAACAUGGCUGCCAUGCCUCUUUCGCUCAUCCCUCAUUUCCCAAUGGUUGUCGGACUGGCUAUCCAGGCCACGCUCAUGGUAGCAAAAGACAUCCAAAACAGGACAAGGACCAAUGCAUUCUUGGACAAGGCAAACAAGGAAUUCUUUGGACCUCGUGGGCUGUACUGUCUCAUCAUGACUUAUAGCCCUGACACCGACAAGCCCCAUGAAACUGCCGACGUCUCUUCUACGAUUGCUACCUCCCAGCACCCCUCGACAAGUCAGAAGAUGUUUGGAAAGCUCAAAGAGUCUAAGGGCAAGACGUAUGGAGAAGUCGAGCUGCCAGAAGCUGCACCUCUCGUGUUUCCAGUUCUUGAAGACCCUGCCACAGAAAGCGAUGCAAAGAAGUCAACCAAGGAGAAGUUGGAAGGCACUCAAAACUAUGUGAGAGACUACUUUGACAAGAGGGCACAAGCAAAGUUUGCUGCCAAGAACGAUGGGAGCUCUCUGGUUCAGGGUCCAGCCCCCAAGUUCACCUCUCGAUAUGCCGAUCCCACGCAUCCCGCAAGUAGCGGUUCUUUCCGAUCACUCAUCACAGGAGGUCAUAUCAACCCU